AUGUGGUUUAAACAAAUUAACCGUUUACCAACAUAUAUAGUACCCACGAAUUAUAAUAUCAAGUUAAUACCGUAUUUCGAAAAGAACUAUACUGCUUAUACGUUAGAAGGCGAAACCAGUAUCAAGAUCUUUAUUUAUCAAAAAACGCAAUACAUAUAUUUGCAUCAAUAUUUUUUGGAUAUAUUUGACACGCCCACAUUGAUUAACGAGGCUAACGGUAACAGCUAUAAAUUAUUAUGGGAACAACAUAUGUAUAAUUCUACAACGCAUAUAUUAACAUUUUACCUCACGGAGGAUCUCUUGCCUGGGUAUUAUAUUCUGAAUAUGAAAUUCUACAGUAUGCCGGUUCAUCUCAAAGAAAAUGUUUUAGAAAUUUCAUUUAGGAAUGGAAGACAAGAUGUAAUGUGGUUAAACGCAGUAUAUUUUCAACCUAUUAGGGGCCGACGAUUAUUUCCAUGUUGGGAUGAACCAGCAUUUAAAACCACUUUUAACAUUUCCAUACUGCAUCAUACAAAUUAUACGGCUUUGUCGAAUAUGCCGAUUCGAAAUUUAGAGUAUGUGGAUAAUAACAUGGUUUGGACACAUUUUCACGCUACUCCGUUAAUGUCAACAUAUCAUGUGGCAGUUGUGCUGACCAAUUUUCCCUCUUAUCGUAUUAACGCAAAUACCUUCGAACAUCAAACUAUGUGGUGCAGACCAUAUACUGCACGAGAUACAAAAUUUGCGCGGAAUAUAUUUGACAUUGUUACAUCGUAUUUAAGAAUCAGAUGGAAUAAAAAAAUCGCAAAAUUAGAUCACGUUGUUCUUCCAGAAUCCGAAAAUAUGUGGAAUUGGUACUUGCGAGAUGGCAUGUCGCAAUGGGGACUUAUUUUUUACAGGGAAAGAAGAAUUAUAUAUAAUGAAGCAAUAGAUCCUCCUUCACGUAAAAUAGAGAUUACGCGAUUAGUGGCGCAUGAAGUAGCACAUCAUUGGUCGAGUAAUCUGAUCAGACUAUCUUGGUGGUCUUAUUUAUGGAUAAUCGAUGGUAUUGCAGGAUUGCUUGCAGCAAAUACCGUUAAUGAGAUUUUUCCAGAUUCUCGGAUAUCAGAUUUAUUUGUAGUUCAGAUUCAACAUGAUUCUCUUAACUUGGAUACUCACUCCCUUAUGAAACCUCUUCAACAAAAUAUCAAUGAUAUCGCUGAUAUUGAUUUGCUUUUUACCUCCAUUUCUUAUAUCAAAGUACCUGCUAUAUUUCGCAUGCUUCAACAUACACUUACUGAUGUAGUAUAUUGGAAGGGGAUCAAUAAGUAUUUAAACAUGCAAUUUGGUCCAUUUAGCUCUAAAAGCUCUGUCUCGAAUUUAUGGACCGCUAUGCAAAAUGCUUAUAUUGAAUUGAAUUCUGAGUACCCGUUAUUUAACUUAAAAUAAUUUAUGAAUAAAUGGACAACGACAAGCCAGUACCCCGUAGUAAAUGUGAUUCAAAAUAGUCGAAGUGGCAAUAUAAUAAUAUCACAUAAAGGAAACUCAUGGUGGAUACCUAUAACUUACACCACACAAACAGACCUCAAUUUUAAUGACACUGAACCCUAUCAUUGGCUAACACCAUAUAUUAAAGAAAUAAAUAUUCCAAAUAUUAAACAAUCUGAUUGGAUCAUAUUGAACUUGCAGCAAACUGGCUACUAUCGUGUUAAUUAUGAUCCAAGAAUGUGGCAAAGAAUCGCCUAUUAUUUAAAUUCUGGCAAUUAUAAAAACAUACAUGUUCUGAAUCGUGCUCAAAUUCUUGACGAUGCAUUUUAUUUUGCAAUAGAAGAGAAAUCUAUAAAUUUGUCUACAUUUUGGAAUCUUAGUAAUUACUUAUCGCAAGAGAUAGAUUAUAUAGUAUGGUACCCUAUGAUCAAAGCUUUUGAAUAUCUGUCAAUUUUUAUUCCAUUUUCGGAAAUUGGACUUGAGGAAGAAAUGCGGAGAAUUUUGCCUACGCUUUUUAAAAAAAUAGGAUAUCAAGAAAUUCCUAAUGAGAAUGAUCUUACUAAAUGUUUAAGACAAGAAAUUGCAAAGUGGGCCUGUGUGCUCGGUGACUCCGAUUGCAGAAUUAAUGCUACAUCUAAACUGGAAUGGCAUCUUACCAACCCUGAAAAGCACAAAAUUUUACCAUGGUGGAAAGACUGGACAUUCUGUAAAGGUUUGAUAAAAGCAAACGAUUCUAUUUGGAUGAAAGUGCUGGAAAUAUCUAAAAAGGAACAUAAUAAAAAAAUUUUAGAAUACUUGACCUGCUCUGAAAAUUCUAAUAUUAUUCAAAUAUAUUUAAAUAAGAUGACGGACAAUGUAACAUUAGAAAUCAAUGAUCGUGUUAAUAUUUUCCUUCGUAUUAUCGCAAAGCAUGCAAAGAACAUUGAAAUAUUGAAAUAUAUAUUGGAGAAUUUCGAAAAAAUAAAACCCAAAGAAGUCAAUGUGCUUGCGGCAUUAACUGUUAUUCUUAAUCAUGGAAAUAUUGAAAAGCAAGAAAACAUGAUACAGAAAAUUAUGUCAAGUGAUUCAAUGAAGGAAGAUGUUAUGCGUAAUAAAGAAAAACCAGAAAUACUAGUAAAAAGUACCAAAGAAGAGGUAAAUUUUAUUACAUAUUAG